AGUGAAUUCAAGUAUUGACAAAAUUUUGACAUCUAUAUAGCAAGAUUACAGUUUUUACAAGACGUACCAUCAGCCCUGGAGUUUUUAGUGAUUUUUUUUUUAAUAUACUCAGCGAAAGUGAAGAAGCCUUUUAAAAUAUGAAUAUUUUCCUUUCUGUAUUUUUCUGUGUUCUUAUUGCUCUGAUAAGAAAGACCAAUGGCACAGUUAUGGUGCAAGAAGUUGCAGCUGGACAUUUGGCAGUACUGCCCUGCCUGAGCAGUGACGAUCAUCAUCGAUUCAUGUUCUGGCAAUUGACAGAUGACCGGAAAAUCAUUGGACCUGGAAAUCCCCUUGAUGAACAGAAGUACAAUUAUGAAGUUCUCACUGGAAAAUUAUUCAUUCGGGGAGUGUCCACAACAGAGUCCGGCUUUUACAAAUGUAUCUCCAGAGGUAUUAUGGACAACUCGGCGAUCAACAUACACGUCAUCGAAUUAAUUGUUAAAAAGGACUGGGAAGAAGUGUGGGAGAAUGACUUUGAGACAAAUUUAUUGAGAGGAAUGGCUGCGACGAUGGUUGUGGUGGUUGGAAUAGCGGUCGUUCUUCUCAUUCUAACAGUCAAAAGGAAACGAAGUUUUAGAUUCUUCGACAUGGAUGAAUCGCGAGAGAACUCUCCAGGAAGAUACCAAGGAGAUGUACAAACCCCACCGUCAAGAUCUAUGCCAACAACUGCUAAUAUACAUGCCGAAGGAAUCGAUAAUCCUGCCGUUGACUUUUCGAGUAUUCUGAAGCAGAUGCAAAAGGAACAGGCUGCUCCGUGACAUGUGAUAUUCUGGUGCCAGGGAAAAUUUUAACACUGGUUCCAGUCAAAGUGUAGGAGCAGGUUCGCAGACUUGUACAAAGACAUUACAGAGAACUUGAUGCUGAAAUAUAUAGAACUGCAUUCUACCGCUCAAUAUCA